GGAGCACUAGAGACACAGUAAAGAGGGCAGCAAUGCUAUCAAUGCCAGCUAGGAAAACCUGAUUUAUUCAUCAUAACGAAUUGUCAAAAAUGAAAUUGUAUUGUCUAUCGGGUCAUCCGACAUUGCCUUGCAAUGUUCUCAAAUUCAAAUCCACCACCAUCAUGCUGGACUGUGGACUGGACACCACCUCUGUCCUUAACUUUUUGCCCUUGCCUCUGGUGCACAGUCCGAGAUUGUCCAAACUGCCUGGCUGGGUUUCUAAGGAUGGAACAGUAAACCUUGAGAAAGAGCUAAAGGAAUGUGCAGGUAGAGUGUUUGUGGAUUCGCAGCCAGAAUUUUGUCUCCCUGAGAGAGAGCUGCUGGAUCUAUCUACCAUUGAUGUCAUCCUGAUUUCCAACUAUCACUGUAUGAUGGCCCUGCCCUACAUCACUGAGCACACAGGCUUCACCGGGAUGGUGUACGCCACAGAGCCAACUCUACAGAUAGGCAGACUUCUGAUGGAGGAGUUGGUGAAUUUCAUGGAGAGAGUGCCUAAAGCACAGUCUGCCACCUGCUGGAAGAAUAAGGAAAUACAAAGAAUGCUUCCAGGUCCAUUGAAGGAGGCAGUGGAAGUCUGGACAUGGAAGAGAAGCUACAGCAUACAGGAGGUCAACUCUGCCCUUAGCAAAGUGCAGCUGGUUGGCUAUUCACAGAAAGUGGAACUGUUUGGAGCUGUGCAGGUCUCCCCCCUAAGCUCUGGCUACUCAUUAGGUAGCUCUAACUGGAUCAUCCAAUCACACCAUGAGAAAGUGUCCUAUGUGUCGGGCUCCUCUCUCCUUACCACACAUCCACAGCCCAUGGACCAGAGCUCUCUCAAGAACAGUGACGUUCUGAUUUUGACAGGCCUGACCCAGAUGCCGACUGCCAACCCAGAUGGGAUGCUGGGGGAGUUCUGCAGCAACUUGGCCAUGACAAUUCGUGCUGGAGGGAACGUGCUGGUGCCAUGCUACUCCUCUGGGGUGAUCUAUGACCUGCUGGAGUGUCUGUACCAGUUUAUUGAGAGUGCCAACCUGGGUACCACACCUUUCUAUUUCAUCUCACCCGUUGCCAACAGCUCGCUGGAGUUCUCUCAGAUCUUUGCUGAGUGGCUUUGCCACAACAAGCAAUCCAAGGUCUACCUCCCAGAGCCGCCUUUCCCCCACGCUGAGCUCAUCCAGACCAACAAGCUGAAGCACUACCCCAGUAUUCACGGAGACUUCAGCAGUGAGUUCCGCCAGCCAUGCGUCGUGUUCACCGGACACCCAUCUCUGCGCUUCGGGGACGUGGUUCACUUCAUGGAGCUGUGGGGCAAGUCCAGCCUCAACACCAUCAUCUUCACUGAGCCAGACUUCUCCUAUCUGGAUGCCCUCGCUCCCUACCAGCCACUGGCAAUGAAGUGUGUCUACUGUCCUAUUGACACACGGCUCAACUUCCACCAGGUCUCCAAGCUCCUGAAAGAGGUCCAGCCCCUCCAUGUGGUGUGUCCAGAGCAAUACACCCAGCCGCCGCCAACCCAGUCCCACCGCUCGGACCUGAUGCUGGAGCUGCAGCCCCCUCCCAUGCCUUACCGGCGCUGCUCUGUGCUCAGUCUGCCCUUCAGACGGCGUUACGAGCGCAUCAACCUGAUGCCUGAGCUCGCCAAGUCACUUGUGCCCUCUGAGAUCAAACCAGGCGUCUCGGUGGCAACUGUGUCUGCAGUUCUCCAAUCCAAGGAUAACAAGCACACACUACAGUCGGUGCCUAAGCCUCCUCCCAUGGCCCCGAGCAAGAAGAGGAAGCGUGUGAUUGAGGAGCCUCCGGAGGUGUUGGCCCCUAAGCCCUUACUAAGCGGGGCAGUGCCGCUGGAAGCUUUUCUGGCCACACUGCACAAGCAUGGUAUCACUGAGGUGAAGGUGGAGGAGACAACUGACGGGCACAUCCUGCACCUGCAGGCAGAGGACACACUGAUCCAGCUGGAGGAGGACGGCACGCACAUCGUCUGUGACAACAAUGAGCCACUGCGCGCCACUCUGCGAGACCUGGUGCUGCGCUUCCUGCAAAAACUCUGACCUAAAUCCUCCUCCUGCUUCCCCACGCAAAAAUGGUACUGGUUUUAGUACACUGCGUGACACCUCACUACCCCUAUCCUCUUGGUACAUAUAUAGACUUUUUUUUUUUAUAAAUCCUACAUAUUUAGAGUAUUAGUGUAAAUUUCUCUAGUAUUUUGUAAAAUGCUUUGUAUUAAAACACUUAUAAGGUUAUUUUUUAUUUUUUAAAAACAGUAACUUCAACAGUGUAUUUUUAAAAAAGAGUAACUUCAACAUCAAUAGCUGUCCAUAUUAGGGACUCAGAAAUGUAAUUGUACUUAGUUCACUUUACAAAAAAUGCAGACCUUCUCAAGCUUUAAUUUACUAGUUUGCUACUGCAAUCAUGACAUCAUUGGUUUCAGAUAGCAUCCUGGGAAUUCAAGUAAUUUUAUUUGUAGAGCCCAUCCAUCCAUCCAUCCAUCCAUUAUCCAAACCGCUUAUCCUGCUGUCAGGGUCGCGGGGAUGCUGGAGCCUAUCCCAGCAGUCAUUGGGCGGCAGGCGGGGGGACACCCUGGACAGGCCACCAGGCCAUCUGUGUAUUUUGUAAUUUGUAUAGCCCGAUAUCACAAAUUACAAAUUUGCCUCAAGGGGCUUUACAGGGAUUUUCC